UCGAUUCCAGAUCAUGACUCUCGUUCGGUACUGCACUCCGUAGCAACGAAGAAUAGACAGUUUUUCCAACACGCCAUUUUAUCUAUUCUUGUUCAGUAACACGGACGCUUGUGCUCCUUCUGCCUUUUUUUCUGUACUACGGAAUGGGUCAAGCCGCGUCCCGGGCUGCCCAGCGUCUCGGACACCGCAUCGAACAGGCCGCCGUCAAGGAACGCACGCAGGCGGAGCAAGCCGCCCAGCAACGAUCCAAGGCAUCCCCUGCUUUCUCGGAUCCGCACGCCCUCCACGGAGGAUUUACCCGAGGCGAAGGAAACGUAACGUCCGCGGCGGACCAACGACAACAGCAAGCCAUCGCCCAGCGUCCCGGUGCGACCGGGGAGUACCAGGAAAUGCGCCAAGAUCUCAUUCAAUUCAUCAAUGAUAUGGGACCGUUGAAGAGAAAGGACCAAAUGGAAGAGAAGAAACAACGGAAAACGCGACUACCCAAGAGUCUGAGGGAGCAGCUAGAUGAACAGGAAGCCGUUAGUAAGCGGCCCGUGUCGCAACGUAAGAAAGUGAGCAUGCCUUUGGCCGAGAAGGUUGAGGGUUACGAAACGAUCAGAUCAACUUCUUUUUCUUCGAAAGAAGAAGUCAUCGAUCCGAAGGAUUUUGGUGGUACGGGAGAUGUUCUGGAUAUUUUUGAGUUGCUGCAUUUCAAGCGAGAGAAAGGGUCAACGGACGAAGCAGUGGACGCGUUUUAUCGAAAGCACGUUUCGAGCGAACGCGAGUCCAAAUGGGAUCACGAGGAUCAAGAACGACACAAAACCAUGCUUCACAACGUCUUGAACUCAAUUGAACUACCUAUCGUGAUGAAGGAUACGGACAAUUCCAUGGUCGGGGCGUGGCCUUCCCGAGUGGAAGAGCUGAAGGAAAUAAAACUCGUGGAACUGCCUCCAUCGCAAGUCAAGCUGGUUCUGCAUGACUUGUACGAUACUUCGGAAAAGGAGGUGAUUGUAGAUGUUAAAGAGGCCAAGGCCUGA